GAGUAGUGUAUAAGUGAUACGGUACAAAUAAACAAGUAUGUAUAUAGAAAAGAAGAAAAACUGGAUAUAAAAACUGACCAUGCCUUAACGAGAGCCGAGUCAAAUAUAAUUCAGUAUAAGUGAUAAAUGUAACGAAAAAGUUUAUUAGUGGCAAAUGUACACAAUGGUAUUUGAUUGUUGAUUGACAUAAUUUUAUUAAAUAAACACAUUUCGUUUCGCUAAAACAAGUUUAUGUGACGCCUAUGUUUCUGAAGAAGCGUAUACAUACACAUAGCAGUUUAAAUAUUGCCGUACUCGAAAGAUGUUUAUACUUUAACAGAAUAUAUAAAAUCAUGUUUGAUAAAAGUGUGUUUUGUGUUAUUUUACUGGCAGUAAUCAAAUGUGCGUGUGCGCAAGUUGGUGACAACUGCGAAGUGAAAUAUAAUGGCAAUAAAGGAAGUUGUAAAAUAGCCACAGAUUGCCCAAAAGUGGAAGAGUUGGCGAAACGAGGCAUAAGUCCGACAAUUUGUGGCUGGUAUCAACUGACAACUCCCAUUGUGUGCUGCGAAGCCGAAAAUUCUUUUACCAGGCCCAACAGCUUGGAACCAAUCAAGUUCCCCGAGGUUAAACCACAAAUUGGCGAUGAACCUAAAAGAAGGAUAAGCGAAGAGAAAUGUGACGAGUACACCAAAACCAUAACGUCAACCGUACAAGUCAUACCGCUGAUAACAGAGACCCAACCCAUCAAAAUCAAAAUCGAAAAAUGCGAGUUCAACAGUGUGGCUUUAAUCGUAGGCGGCAAACCAGCUGGUUUAGGAGAGUUCCCGUUCAUGGCGGCCGUCGGUUUUUACGACACCGGCAACAAUCUCGUCUUUAAUUGCGGAGGAACCCUGAUAAGCACCAACUUUGUGCUGACGGCGGCCCACUGCACCUUCUCCAGAGAUUUUGGUGAUCCGAAAUUGGUACGUCUGGGUGCUUUGGACUUGACCCGGAACUCUGAUGAAAAUCAGCGGGACUUCAACAUUGUCAACACAAUAGUCCAUCCGGACUAUACUCCUUUGAUGAACUACAACGACAUAGCUUUGCUCAAGCUCGACACUCAUGUGACGAUCACCAAGACGAUUCGGCCUGCUUGUUUGCCCACCAGUAAACUCCCGCAUCAGGACAAGGCUGUGGCCACGGGAUACGGAGCAAAGUCGUUUACUGGGGACAAAACCAACAAGCUCAUGAAGGUCUCGUUGAACGUCUACGACAAUGCGGAAUGUUCCAGGGCUUACCAGGCUGAUAAGAAGCUGCCCAAAGGUGUGACCAAGACGAUGUUGUGUGCUGGUGACUUGAGCGGCGACAAAGACACUUGCCAGGGCGACUCCGGCGGACCUCUGUUGGUGACGCAGAAGGAAAAUCAGUGUAAAUUCUUUGUGAUCGGUAUUACUUCGUUUGGUAAACUGUGUGGUGUUAAAAAUAUACCAGCGGUGUAUACAAGAGUGACAGAAUAUAUUCAGUGGAUUGAAGACACUGUUUGGUAAUCAUCUGUUGAUGACAAUUUUAUGAACAAAUAUUUUUAAUUGUACGACGUAAUUUCAACAAAUAAACUUUUAUUAAUUUUUA